GGCUCUGAAAUCGGGCGGGUCUUGCUUUUGAGUAUUGCCAAGACUCUGCAUGGUAGGGCUUGUCCCCAGCGUCAAAGGCAGAAGCAACUGAGCCCCUGGACUUCUGCUUUACAGUGAGAGCUCAGGAGUGGGCGUUUCAUUUUUCCUGCAUCUGGGGAGCCUGCAAGGCUAUAUGCAUUUUGACCUUUGAGAUCUGUGCAGCCCGAUCCGGGAAGCAUGAAUAGAAGAGACUGGCCGUUGAUGAUGAUUCAGAGAAAUGACAGCUCAGAUGUCCUGGCAGUCCAUCUGAAAGACGGUAGGAGGAGCUCCCGGUACAAGCCGGUGGACUAUCAGCAGUUACGUGCCCAAACCCAAGCCACAAAGUCUGCGUCUGCUUCCGCAGAGCGGAAGCUCAGAAAAGCCAUGGAGACAUCAAGGGCGGCGAAAGAGCAGAUGCUGAUCAAACAACACAAGCAGGUGUGGUGGCAGGAACAGGAGAGGCUGAAGGGGAUCAGAUGUAAAUUGGAGUCUGAAAUAAGAUCUUGUCUCAAUGAGGAGAACAUUGGAAAUGAAUGUUUCUGUGAGCUUAUGAAUUUUGAGAAAGAGCUGUCAGAGCAGUGGUGUGCGUACCGUACAGCUGUCAUUGACCCUAUUCACCAGCUGAGAACGGGUCUGAAGAGACAGUGCCGCACUCCUCAGCAUGCGCCCUGCCAUGAGGGCUCAGACGCAGCAGAGGUUAUAGAAGAGGUUGACUUUGUCAAGAAACAAUCCAAGGCUGCCUUUGAAAGACUUCAUCAGGAGCAACGGCACUUAGAGGAAGACCUUUUGAACUCGAGCGUGAAGUUACUAGAUCACUCUUCAGAAGAAAAAGCUAACUUGCUCAGUGAACAGCCCAUGGAGUUAGUCACGUUGGACUGCCCAUACCCUGAUCUGAAAUCGUCAAUCCUUAAUGAGUUCUGUAACUUUACAGAGAAAUAUCAAGAAAAACUUGAAGAUUUUGAUCUGCAAUUAGAAGACAUACGCAGGUUUCUCAAUGGCGAGCCCAACAAGAAGAGCUAUCAAGACUGGAAAUGGAAAUUUCAGCCAGAAGAAGAGCAAGGGAAGAAGAGAAAGAGAAAUUGUGGAAAAAGAAGGAACUGCUACGAAGGGAGGAGACGGAGAUUAAGAUAAGAAAAUACUGGGCUAAGAAACAACAGAAGUGGCGAGAAAUGGAAAUGAGAGAUCUCCGGCGUCUGG